CACACACACACACACAGUCAGUAUUCGCCUGAACGCCUGUAUGAUGGCCGGAAGCCUCCGUUUCCUCCUCCUGUCACUCUGUGUUUUGUUGGAACCUGUGACAGAAAUCGGUGGUUUGCUUCUGAAACCAGUUCUGUCUGGACCCAGUGAGGCCUAUGUGAGAUCUGAAGUCCAGUUUGACUGUGCAGUUCCAGGCUGGUCUUCACCUCUGACCUAUGAACUCUAUAAGGAUGCAGGGGACGUUAUCGCGGCAGAAAACAACGUCAAGGCCACCUUCACCCUGCAGGUCAAUGAGGAGUCAAAGGGCGAAUACUACUGCAGACUGACCACUGGAGGUCAAACCAGCAACUCCAUCCACUUCCAAGCAGUGAUUCCUGUGUUAGGAGUCCGUCUGAGCUCAGAUCCCGAUCCAGCGAUCCUCUAUGAAGGACAGAAGUUGGUCCUGCGCUGUCUGGUCAGGAAGGGGACGCAUCUGUCCUUCACAUGGUACCACAACAAACAGGAAGUGAACUCCUCAUCAGAGCUCCACCGGCUCUCUGGAGACUCUCUCACGAUGGACAGGGUGACUGAAAUGCAUGCUGGGAUAUACUCAUGCACCGCUCGAAACCAGAUGACCGUCAACCCCAGAUUCUCCAGCAGCCAAAGCCUCCACGUCACUGUCAGAAAGCACAUCUCGGUGCCCUCGUUAUCGUUUACGGUCUUCUCUAACGGCUCGGGCCUAACAGCCAACAUCAGCUGUCGAUCUGAGCGUGGAUCUCCGCCCGUGACGUUCAGACUGAUGUUGGACGGACUGGAGCUGAAUGUGAAGCGAGUGGAUUCACUAGAGGCCUGGUUCGUUCUGCGAUCUCUGUGGGUCUGGAUCUGGGAGUCGCUCAAUGUGAAGCACAAACAGAAACCCAGCAGCUGCUGUCGGAUCCAGAGCGUUUACUUCUGGCCACUGUUUGUGUUAGUUCCAGUAGGUGGCGCCGUGCGUGUCACAGUGAUGUACCUUCAUGACGCUGACGGGAUGGUGUCAGCCGCUCGGCUCACAUGCGUCCCAGACAGAGGAACGUUUCCCACGUUCUCCUGGCAUCUGAACCAUUCCUCCCUUCCAGCAGAGGGCGCUCACGCGGUCACUCAUCAAGGUCAGAUCUUGAUCCUCACAGAAGUCAGUGCUGGGUUUUACGGCUGCAGGGCGAGGGACAGUUUUAACGACAGCUCACUCUGGGUGAAGAGCGAGGACAUCUUUAUUCAGAAGAGAGAGGACGUGAUCCAGUCUGAGAUGACAACAAUGGACGCUCCUGUAGUUUCCUCUGAACCUCAACCUGAGGAAAUGAAAACCGUCAUCAUGGAGUUUGAUUCCUAA